GUCGAAAGUGGCCGGAGAAGGGGAAAAGCAGCUCAGAGGUGGUUCCGUUCGCACGUGUCCCGCGUGGUGGUGGUUUUCUCCGAUCCGCGAGUGAUUUGUUUACUAACAAAGAAGCGUACCAAAAGGUUCGAGCUCACUCCAUCGAUCCAUCCAUCCAUUCAUCUGUAAAUUCCAAUUCUGAUAGAAGACAAAAUCAACCCCCCUCUUAACAACGAUGCCGGACAACACACGGCGAGACGCUGCCAAGCCGGGCACUUCUGGGGAGCAGCAGGGGCUUGGCAAGGACGGGGAGCAUAACGAGCAACCGGGCGGACAACUGGAAGGACUGUGGGGCUUGUUGGAGCGGUAUCAGCAGGAGAUAGAGAUGUUUCUGCCGGGCGUUAACGGGCAGCCACCGACCCCGCUGUCGCCGGCCACGCUGGAGCGUGUCGUCAGGACUUCGGAGAAUAUGGCGCUCGCCCACGAGAUCGCGGUGAACGCCGACUUUAAGCUCAAGUCUCCGUCGGAGGAAGAAUCCGAGCAAACGGUGCACGGCGUGGUGCGCCGCACGAUGCACACCGCCUACUGGAAUCUAGUACAGGAAGAUCUAAGCCGCGACCCGCCUAGCUACGAACUGGCUAUGAAGAUUCUGACUGAUGUGAAAAAGUCGUUCAAGGUGCUGCUGCGAGGAAACAACGAACGCGCGCUGGCCAGGCUGAACGGAAUGCUGGACGAGGAGCGCAUCCAGCAGCAGGUAGAGUUUGGAACACUUGACAUACGCAGCAUCACAAACUACGUGAUCGAACUGAUGGGCAAGGCGUGCGCCAUGAACCGAGACAAUGAGGUGGCCGCACUGAAGCGACAGACCGACACCGUUGCCAUACUGCGCGGCAUAAUGGAAACAUUGGACAACAUGAAGAUAGACAUGGCUAACUACAUCCUGCACAUCACACACAUUCAGGUGAUGCGCAGCUCCAUUGACUACGAAAAGGAAAAGUUCAACGAACUGAAGCAGGUAUGUGGUGACAAUUUUCCGCUCACCCUGGAGUGGCUCCUCCGUCACAUUCCGCCUCCGGCCGGUGGUCCAGCUGGGCACGACGAUAAUACAGCAGCGUCCACCACCCCCGCCGGUGCCGCCGCCACCCCCGCCCCCGCCCCCGCUGGCGCCGCCGCCGCCGCCGCCGAUCAGGAGGGCGAUCAGGACGACGACGGGGGUGUCGCUGGCGCCAGCAACGAAAUGACACCAGCGAUGGCAACGGCCUACGCGGCACUUCUUGACUACAUCACUCCGCCGGCUAUCCCCGAGCUGCUUAAGCUCGACCAGGAUCGCUUUUACCAGAUGCGCAUCGAGGCGAUGCGCCUGUGCAUCUGUGCGACCGUUCUGCAGCUGACCGUCUCGGUGAUGCCGGUUCUUAGGGACCAAACGGACAAGCGCCAGGAGCUGGCGGACAAAUUGAUGGUACUGUUCGAUGGCUGCAACAGCAAAGAGUCGGUGCUGGAGCUGCUAGAGGGCAUGUGGGCCUUCGUGCUGAAGUUUGUUGACGAACAGCAGCCACUGGACACACCAAUGGCUGUAGCACUCAAGUAUCAGAUCGGAAAGGUUGCGGCCAACGACUCACCUGUCUACCCGAUUAUCUGGAACCGGCUCCAAACGACGCUGGCCAGCGUGCUGACCAAGGGAUGUCUUGCACCUAUUCAUUCCUGCUACCAAAAUCUACGUCCGCAGGUGAAAGCGCUGGCAGGGAAGCUGAUGCGCGUCGCCGAACAUAACUACGCCGUGUACGGCGACUAUUACGCCUAUCUGAUCAACCGCCAACCUACUGCCUAAACCGUACCGCGGGAUCCUGUGAGGCUUAAUUAUUUCACUUCUUUCUCUUCUUCAUUCUUAUUCCUCUAGCUCUUCCAGCAGCUGAUCUAAUUUCUCUGUUUUGUCUCAUUUGAGGAUUCUCAAAUACGAUCAUUUUUUCAUCCUAUUCUAUUCAUUCUAUUCUAUUGUCUUUGCGAUGUUCACAACUGAACACACUUACUAAUUGUCUUUGCGAUGUUCACAACUGAACACUAAGUAUGAACUCUCAUUUACUUUCUUUCUCUCUAUAUCGCGCCCAUUAAUCUACUAAUCAUUUUCAUUGGAUGCGCCCAUUAUUAAUUAAUAAAAAAUCAAAUAAACAUUUAUUGUUGCCUUAUAAAGGCUAACUUAA